UGUUACUGGACCAAGUAGCUCAUAAGCUCGUCUCGACAACCACGCAUGUCUAGGUAGUAUAUAUCCCUAGACAGAGGCUUCUGCCCAUGCCUGAGUCUUUCUUCACUCGCUGUUCAUUUCGUUUCUUCAGCUGUUCGUCAUGAUUUCCGUCGGCAUUUUCAAUGGCGCCGGGCCAACUGGCGCCAGAAGACGUCUUCCUCGAUACCGUCUCUUCGCUCUUAUUGUGGGUAUCUGCCUUGCUGUGAUCACUGGCUCCCACUUCUCCCACGUUUCGCAUAGUCAACAGCCAUCCGACGUGCAAAAACGAAGCCUUUUCGACGAGUCACUUAGACUCAACAACUCGCUUGUCUCGCUGCCGCAGGGGCUUUUUUCUCGUGCAGCCAACGAAGCACUAUGGGCCAGGAAGGUUGCAAGUGGAAGAGGCUAUUUGCUGAUACUAAGGGCAGUAAGCGGUUCGAAACAGAGAUUCUAUCCAUCCCAUCUGCUGACGACGAGAACGGCCAUCUGGUGCAUGAUGAACAGUAAUGACGUGGUAGCCAGGACCGUGACACUGGAGACACUCUUGUCGGCUGGGUGGGAAGAAGAUGACGAACAAGAUGAAGCGAUACCGGCAGACUACCGCAAGUCACUAGGGAGGGCCGAUGGUCUGUUGAACACGGCUAACGAGGUCUCUCAAGGCUGGGAUCAUGUGAACAUAUGGACGGGCGAUGAUGGCAGGGAAAGAAACCCUACCACAGCUACAAUGGGCAACAUUGUUAACGGCGAUGAUGGUUACAUAAUUGCUGGUGGCAAUUUUGGGCCCGCGGAAACCACGAAAGACUUGGAAGAUCCUCUGCCAAAAUGGAUGUGGCCCACUACAAAAUGGACCGACAUCAUGGCAGUAUCAUGGGGCCAGUACGCGGCCGGCAAAGACCUCAAGCGCGUAUACCGAUCCGCUGUUGUCAUGCCCGAGACGAAAGCCCUUAUGGAAUCGGCCCUGUUGAAGGUCAACAAGCUGCCGGGCGGUGACCUGGAUGACUUGCCGCAGUGGCCUGGCGUUGAUAUCGUGCCGGGAAGAACCCCCACUAAGAUGCCAAUGACGCCUGCAGUCGAGGCCUUCAUGGGCUUGCUUGGGAGCUCUCAUGGCGCUGGUCCUGCGUACUUGGUCAUUCAAUACUGGGCCAUCUUUGGCAAGAAGAGGAUUAACAAGAUCAAGAUUUGGCGAUCUGAGAACAAGCCGGUGGCGAACAUGCUGCUCUACAUGGAGAGCCUUUGAUAGGCAAUAUUGACG